AUGCCUAUCCAAGACAUAGAUGCUCUGCACGGUACUCUCCUGCCGUUUGGAUACUUGGCAUCAGCCCAGGGUCCAGUUCUGCCUUCGGCACAGGUGCUCGACAAAGCUCGGAGCGCCCUGGUCCACACUCUUCCCGAGACAGGGCUUGGCUACCAGAGAGCAACCAGCCACCUCGUUGAUGACAUUGUCCCCGCAUUGAACGCUAACAGCAGGUCUGCCAACUACUACGGCUUCGUCACCGGCGGCGCCACUCCUGCCGCAGCUCUCGCCGACAAUCUCGUGACAGCCUACGAUCAGAACGUCCAGGUCCACCUCCCCAAUGAAACCGUCGCCACCGACGUCGAGGAUCAAGCCCUCCGCCUCCUGUGUCAAUUGCUCAAGCUGGAUCCCGACGAUUGGCCCCACAGGACCUUCACCACCGGCGCCACUGCGAGCAAUGUCCUCGGUCUUGCAUGUGCGCGGGAGCACGUCCUCCGCGCCGCUUCUUCCAAGAAUUCGGGCCAGCCCGUCAGCGUUGGCGAGUUGGGUAUCGUGGAAGCUAUGCGUGCUGCUGGUGUAGAUAGCGUUCAGAUCCUCACCACCGUUCCUCAUUCUUCUCUAGCCAAGGCGGCCAGCAUUGUUGGACUCGGCCGCGCGUCAGUCAAGUCCGUGUGUCUUCCUGGUGCAUCGCAUCGCUUUGACAUAGCGAAGCUGGAGGCUGCACUGGCGUUGGAGAGGACAGCGUCUAUCGUGGCAAUAUCCUGCUCCGAAGUCAACACUGGCCGCUUCGCAACGUCUGGGUACGCAGAAAUGGCCCAAAUCAGGAAUCUAUGUGACAAGUACGGUGCUUGGAUCCAUGUGGAUGCUGCAUUUGGCCUUCUUGCCAGGGCACUGGCCACAGACGAAUUUUCCCAGAUUAUCUCGGCAACCGAAGGAAUGGAACUCGUGGAUUCCAUCACCGGAGAUGGCCACAAGUUGCUCAAUGUGCCCUACGAUUGCGGCUUCUUUUUCAGCCGCCACCUGCAAACCGGACAAGACACCUUCCAGAAUGCGAACGCGGCGUACCUGAACGCCGGCGCAGCCGGCAGCGGCUCCUGCAUCCCUUCUCCCCUCAACAUCGGCAUCGAAAACUCGCGCCGAUUCCGCGCUCUGCCCGUCUACGCCAGCCUCGUCGCCUAUGGACGAGAGGGCUACCGUGAGAUGCUAGAGAGGCAGAUACGCCUCUCUCGCGCCAUCGCCGGCCUCAUUCUCGACCACGCUGCAUACGAACUCUUACCCCAGUCUGACGCGUCAAGGAACGAUAUUUUGGGCGGAAUCUACAUCAUCGUGCUCUUCCGCGCUCGAAACGAAACGCUCAACCGGGAGCUCGUCAAGCGCAUCAACGCGACCUCCAAGAUCUAUGUCUCUGGCACGUCUUGGGAGGGUGCUCCGGCCUGCCGCUUCGCUGUGUCGAACUGGCAGGUUGACCAGGAACGAGACCUGGCAAUCAUUCGUGAGGUCCUAGACACUGUAAGCCGGGAAUUGUGA